CAUCUCAAAUCAAAAGGUGUUUGUCAUUGCUCCGAAUACAGCAGGCAACCCAUUAAUAAACCAACAAUGCAGUUUUAAGAAAAUAUAGUUAAGAAAAAUAUUUAAUGAAUUAAUUUAAGUAAAAAAGUAACACAAUAAAAAUAACGAGGAUAUCGGUACAGGUUAGUUGAGGUAAUUUGUACGUCGGUAGGGGUAAAGUGACUGCAUAGAUAACAAACAGCGAGUAGCAGCAGUGUACAAAAAUAAAAAUGUUUUUAACUGAAAGGGGGGGUUCAAUGCAAAUAGUCUGGGUAGCCAUUUGAUUGUUCAGCAGUUUUAUGGCUUGGGGGUAGAAGCUGUAACGUUAGCGCCUAGCUAGCACUAGCUGUGAACUAUCUGAGCGCUACCGAACAAAAGCCUUAAAACAAGCUGAUUUGUAGCAGCCAUCGAUAUUUUUAACACGGAAAAUUUUGAAUAUCAAGUUCUAGGUAAUUAUAUUUUCCAAUUUACGUUAUGUUGGCGUGUGUCUGUCGACCUUGCCUAACGUUAGUCCCGAAUCGUUGUUCUGCCUGCGUGGAAGACUCAGAUUACGAUUGGCUUUUUUUCUUCUUCAGAUUUCCAAUGUGUCAACCACUUAAAAAACAUUUAGAUGCUAACUAAACGACUUAAUUGACGUGAUCUGACACGUUUGCAUAUUUGUUGUGGAUAUUUUGGACUCAAAAUCGGGUUAACUUGCGCACAAAUAGUAACCGCAACGUGUCUCGCGAAGGUCAUCGGAUGCAUGUGGGGUAACGUUAUUGUCAUUUUGACAUUUCUUGCUAAAUGAUAUGCUGUUUUUAGCAUGGUGUGGUUGUUUUUCAAGGUUUGUGUUAGAAAACGCAGCGUUCUUUUACAGGAAAUAGUGUACUUUUCUCUUAACACAAGGCAAAGGUCCAAGUCCCACAGCGCCAUCUUUUGGUCGUGUAUUUGUAAUCGCUGUUGAAAAAUAAAUUCAUAAUGUUAUUCAGAAAUAUUCACUACCAUCGAGGAUUUUCUCAAAUCAUUUAUUGUGCAUAAAUUAGUCAUUUGGCAAUCAAACACAAAGAAUGUUUUAGGCAUCAAAGGAACCAAGCAUCAUUAAAGUGGCCAGGCUCCUUUGUUUUCUAUUGCUUUAUGACACAGCAGGCCAACUCAACAUUUGGCUUGUCAUCUCCCCAUUGGCAUUGUUCACAGGGGCAGGCCACAGGAACAGCACUCCCACCUAAUGUGCUGAAUAAAGGCUCAGAAGUUUCCCCUUCUCUCUCGCCAGUCAAGAUGGGAGGAGCUGUGAGCGCUGGCGAGGAUAAUGACGAGUUGAUUGACAACCUGAAGGAGGCACACUACAUCCAUUCAGACCUGGUGGAGCGGGCCUUCAGGGCCAUCGACCGGGCCGACUACUACCUGGAGGAGUACCGUGACAGCGCCUACAAGGACCUGGCCUGGAGGCACGGCAACAUCCACCUAUCAGCCCCCUGUAUCUACUCUGAGGUGAUGGAGGCCCUGGACCUGCACCCUGGCCUGUCCUUCCUCAACCUGGGCAGUGGGACGGGGUACCUCAGCACUAUGGUGGGACUCAUACUGGGUCCAUUUGGUGUGAACCAUGGGGUGGAGUUAUAUGCUGAUGUGAUUGAGUAUGCCUAUCAGAAGCUAGACUACUUCAUCAAAACCAGCGAAAGCUUUGACAAGUUUGAGUUCUGCGAACCUUCGUUUGUGGCGGGGAACUGCCUGGAGAUCCCCCCUGAGAGCAGGCAGUAUGACAGGGUGUACUGUGGGGCGGGAGUGCAGAGAGACCAUGAAGAAUACAUGAAGAACCUGCUGAAGGUGGGGGGUAUUCUGGUACUGCCUCUGGAGGAGAAGCUGACCAAGAUCAGGCGUACAGGCCAGAGCAGCUGGGAGACCAAAAAGAUCAUUGCUGUGUCCUUCGCUCCACUGGCACUGCCCCAACAUAACACCAAUGGCGAACCCAAGACAGUCCCACUACCCACGUUUGAGGUGCGGACGCUGCAAGAGCUGGCUCGUAUAGCCAUCCGCCACACCCUGAGAGUGACCACGGACAACGGGGGGGGUCAGCCACGGGGUCAGGGCUCUUUUGGAGGAGGCAGGGGCCUGGGGGUCAGUGGGCUCCACAAGUUCGGCCCACGUUUUAAACGCCGGCGAGUUCACCACCGCCGCCACUGCACCUCUGUAGUACUGGCACACAAGCGUGUGGUGAGCAAUGCUGACCCCACCCCUGCUCCCCUGGACAACAACAACAAUAACCACGGGGGGCAGGAGGACGGGCAGCGAAGGGAGGAGGAGGAGGAAGCAGAAAAGGAGACAGGGGAGCAACUCCCAGCAGAGCCACCUAUAAACAUCCUGAGAGAAAGGAUUCUCGUUUUGCCCCUCCCGGAGCCUCUGAAGAUGUACCUGCUGUACUGCCGGGAGAAAUGACUUCUCCACAGAUACAGCACCCAGCAGAAACCAACAACCCUUGACUGGGUCUCUGUUUCUGACUGGGUCUCUGUUUCUGACUGGGUCUCUGUUUCUGACUGGGUCUCUGUUUCUGACUGGGUCUCUGUUUCUGACUGGGUCUCUGUUUCUGACUGGGUCUCUGUUACUGACUGGGUCUCUGUUACUGACUGGGUCUCUGUUACUGACUGGGUCUCUGUUACUGACUGGGUCUCUGUUACUGACUGGGUCUCUGUUACUGACUGGGUCUCUGUUACUGACUGGGUCUCUGUUACUGACUGGGUCUCUGUUUCUGACUGGGUCUCUGUUUCU